CCCUCAACUCCGCACUCUGCGUUCUGCUUGGAGGCGCGCAGGACUCGCGCGAGUGGCUCCUUUUACGCACUCCAAAAUGGAGAAAGUACACGGGAAGAUACUUGAGUCCGUUGGUGACAUCAUCGACUUCAACGAUAUGAAGCUCCCCGACGACGAUGGUUACGCGGCCGCCGCCGUUCCGCCGAACCAGGGCGACGGUUCGGUGUUCAGAGACUGCGCUAACCUGUUGGACGCUCCUCCGCCAGAUGAGCAGCAGCAACCCCCGCCGCAGCAGGGGGAGACUCCGUACGAGCGUGGAAAUGACUUUUUAAAGUGGCAGCACUAUGUCAAAGAUAACGUUGAGCAGGUUGGCUCGAACGUGUCCAAGUUCAUCAAGGACGAGCAAGAAGCGUCCGUCAUUAUGGAGACGCCGUGUCCGGCCUUCGACGCGCUGGACGGAUGCGCUCAAGACGGCCGCAAGCAGCCCCACUUCGGCUUCGAAGAGCCGGAGUGCGCGCGUUUCGUCCCGGUGGGUCCCCGGCCGGCGCAGGAAGCUUCGCCCAACUUCCUGGUGCACAUGAACCCGGCGGAGCAGAUAGGCCAGCAUGGCCAGGCGAAGGCCGACCCCCGCGGAGGCUUCGCCCGGAAAGGCGCAGCGCUCCACUUGGAUGCCGGCGCGCCCUCGCCGGCUCACCUGGCCGUGUACAAGAGCGAGGUGGGCCGCUGGCAGGUGCCCGCCGUGGGGCCCGGGGAGGCGCAGUUCUGGUGCCAAUCGGCCGGGGUGACGGAGGACCCGUUCGGCUACAAUGGGAUGCACAGCCAGGCCGUGGCCCAGCGGAACCAUACGCCUUUCAACGCCUUUGCCAGCAUGCCCCCUCAGAGGUCUUGCGUGAUCUGUGGCGACGAGGCCUCCGGGUGCCAUUACGGAGUUCUAACCUGCGGCAGUUGCAAGGUCUUUUUUAAAAGAGCAGUGGAAGGUCAUCACAGCUACCUGUGCGCUGGGCGCAAUGACUGCAUUGUGGACAAGAUCCGGAGAAAAAACUGCCCGGCAUGUCGCCUGCGGAAGUGCUAUCAAGCGGGAAUGAUGCUUGGAGGCAGGAAGUUGAAGCGUUUCGGAGCCCUCAAGGCGCUGGGCUUGUCUCAGUCGGUCAUGUUCCCGCCGCACAUGUCCGUGUCGGGUGACAGCCAGGCCCUGAGCGCCAUGGCGGGCGUGCCGGGCAUCCAGGAGAUUCAGUUCUCUCAGCACAUCAUCGCCAUCUUGGAGAACAUCGAACCCGAGGUGGUGUUUUCGGGCUACGAAGGCGCGCAGACCGACGUCUCGCACGCGCUGCUCAACAGCCUCAACAAUCUGUGCGAGAAGCAACUGCUGUGGAUCGUCAAGUGGUCCAAGUCUUUGCCAGGCUUUCGUAAUCUUCACAUCACCGACCAGAUGACGCUCAUCCAGUACUCGUGGAUGAACCUGAUGGUGUUUUCUCUCGGCUGGCGCUCCUUUCAAAACGUCACUAGGGAAUAUAUAUACUUUGCGCCUGACCUCGUUUUAAGUCUGGAACAAAUGAGGAGAUCUCCCAUUUACGACCUGUGCCUGGCCAUCCAGUUCAUCCCGCAGGAGUUUGCCAACCUUCAAGUGACCCGCGAGGAGUUCCUCUGCAUGAAGGCCAUCAUCUUGCUCAACACGGUGCCUCUGGAGGGUCUGAAAAGCCAGGGGGCCUUUGAGGAGAUGCGUCAGAAUUACAUCCGCGAGCUGACCAAGGCCAUCCACGGGAAGGAGAAGGGCGUGAUGGCCAGUUCUCAGCGUUUCUACCACCUCACCAAGCUCAUGGACGCCAUGCACGAAAUAGUGAAGAAGGUCAACCUGUUCUGCCUGAGCACGUUCAUCCAGGCCGACGCCAUGAAGGUGGAGUUUCCCGAGAUGAUGACCGAGGUGAUCGCCUCGCAGCUGCCCAAGGUCCUGGCGGGCAUGGUGAGGCCGCUGCUAUUCCACCCCAAGUGACCACGUGUUUACUGGACUCCUUUUUCGCUUCUUCUUCAAGUGCAUUUUUUGUCAAAGCUGCCUUGAGCGCCCCCUUCUGCCUUUUUACGCUUUACUGUGCGGGAUCAAUCAAAACAACCAAUCAAUAAAACAACAGUCAAAAAGAUCAUCCGACCGACGUAGCUUUUAGAACUAUUUUCCGAGGCGGAUGAACAUGCAGGCGGCAUAGUUGCUCUUUAGAAACGGAGCAACGUCAUUUAAAAUGUUUGAAUCUGAAAUAGUGGUGUCAAACACGAGGGCUGGGGGCCAGGUCUGUUCCGCUUUGUCGUUGUAAGUGGCCCAUGAAAUACAGCUAGCGAUAACACAAUAGCCAAAAUGGGGGAAAAAAAACUUGUAGCUCAGCCUUCAUAAAUCAUUGUGUUUAUUUAUAAAAGGUGUAAAUGCAGCGUGCAGACAGCAGUUGCUUGCAGAGGAAACAACCUCCCCACGUGUGGAAAUGUUACACAAUGCGAGACAUGGUUCAAAUUUCCGCAACACACCCUUGCAACUCUUCACUUUUAGGGAGUUUUCUCAUCAUUCUUCUCACGUCACUCAUAAGCAGCCAAGGCCACCUGACAUUCCUGAAAUAUAGUUUCGGUCCCUCCCCUCCUACAGUACAGUCACGUUUCAGUUGGAUAACCGAAGGGGAUUUUUUUUUUUUUAAAGCCCUUGAAAUGUUAAGAUUACAACAAUAAUAUUAAUAGUAAUAAAAAAAAAAGAAAAUGCUGGUACACCCGUGUACCACAAACACGUAUGCUGAAGUCAUCCUGCCCAGCAAUUUGAUAACACAAAAACAAUUACAGCAGUGGUUCUCAAACUGGGGUCCAUGAGUCGUAGGGUGGGGGUCCGCAAAUCAAUUUGCAAUAAAGGAUUAUGUGGUAUCAUGAAUAUACAGUUUGCUUAUGUAGAGCUGUGGGUAUCAAAGUGCAAGCGCCCUCUUGUGGUACGCAAAGGAAUCACUGAAUUAAAUGGCCAGGCUACAAAAUGUUCCUGUGGCUACAUUUGUUUAAGUAUAUGGGUGGUUCUCAAAAAGUAUGGUCCAGGAGUGUAACAUCAGAGCCCAAAAAUAAACUUCUUCAAAAUAAGGUCAAACUGUCCUUCAGUCUGUCCUGAAUAUGUUUGACCAGGACACAUUCUAAGAGUCACCCCGAAAUAAUUUCAUUAAGUCCUUUAAGCCAGUUUGUUUAUUGGUAGAAUUUAUAUACGUAUGUGUAUUUCAAUUGAAUCAUAAUGUAAAGUUUUCAUUUGACUAUAUUUAAGUGCAGUGGUUAAUUCGUAACAUGCGUGCUGUUUUUUUUUUUUUUGGCGUUUCCUCUGAACCCCAAAAGUUCGAGAACCCAUGCUUUACAGGGUAUGAUCAUUUCUAUGAUUUACAAACACAGUGACAGCAAAAAGUGUACGGCCAGUGUAAUGACCGCAGUAAUGUAAGGUGCAUUAUUAUUAUUAUUAGGUAAAGGUGGUGUAAGAAUUUUCUGCCCCAACAUGAAAUUAGCCAAGCAGAGCUACAAAUGAGCCUCAGGAAUUCAAGCUAUAAAAUGUCUUUCAACAUGGGAACUGACCAACAGAUAUUUUCCCAUUGUUAUCAAAUUUUAAUUAUGUACACGAGACAGAUGGGCGACGGGAAAUUUCGCAACUGUGUGCGAGUGGAUCAUGACGGGAAACCUUGCCGACUUGCGAGGGCCCGCUUCUUUUGGUGAUGUUUUUUUUUACAUAAAAAAUAAUUACAAAUUGCUGAAGGUAAUAUUUCAGGCCAAUAAAACUAGUCAAGUGG